GAUUAAGCGAAAGGACAAUAUCACCCGAAAGAUGGUUGUUGAUGGCCUCUUAGCUCUGGGAUAUGAUGUUUCAAUCUGUGAGUCUCACUGGGAGAGAACUCCUUCAAAUCCUGCUGAAUUCAACGAAAGUUGAAAUCUUUUCUACAGGAAGUUAUGAAUAUAUUUAUUGAUGUGGUGUUGGGUUAUUCUGAUUGAAGCAAACCAGAGGUUGAAGAAGAAAGGAAUGCCAUGUAAUUACAAAAAGAAAAUUACACGUGGAUGGUGAUGUGGCAUGGCCACGUGGGUUUUUUUUACUUAGGUGGCAUGCUAGGUGGAAUUCUGUUAAGGGGGUAUUUUGUGAGCUAAAUAUUUAGCAGAAGAGUAUUUUUGUGCCAAAAAACUAACGAGGGGUAAUUUUUGAUCCCAAAUUCAAAAAUUUUCUUUACCCUCAUAAAUUUCAUGACAAAUCAAAACUAGACAGAGAAAUUUAAACGAAAAAAUAUAUCAUAAGAAGAUUGAUUGAAGGCAAAUUUAAAAUAUUAGCUUCUAGGAUUUAAUCUUUAAUAAUUUUAUCCUUGAUCGUUAAAUUUUAUAAGUUAUUGUUCAUAUUUAUUAUUUUGUUA